AUGUCAACCCUCUUCUCGGGAAUCAACGCCCGCUUCCGCGGCCAGAGAACCCCGAACUCGCCCGGCGCGAGCUCACCGAGCCCCGAGCAACAAGCAUCCGUGCAGGCCCAGUCCCAGCCUCAGGCUCAGGCUCAGGCACAAGCGCCAGUAUCGGCCCCGUCUACUGCUCCGGCACAGUCUCCGGCCCAGCCUCAACAGGGCCACCCGGGUCACCAAGAUAGCCAGUCAUCGUCCUCGAAUUUUGGAGCAGUGAGGCUCCCGCCACUCCCCACAUCACCAUCACUUGCUGAGACCAUCGGCAUGGACCAGGCCAGCGGCACUAUGCCGUCAGCCGAGGAGGUCUUGACGGCCUACCACCUCCCACCCGUCAAGCCUCUCUGGCUGAACGCCAAUUAUGCCAAGCAUAUUGUCAAGGGGAACUUCUUGACACUAAGUGCGAAGCCCAAGACUGUCGAAAUGGGGGAGUGGAUUGCUCAUCAAGUCGUUGAUCAUUGGCGAAUGCUUAUCACGUUUAUUCGCCUGGUUCACGACAAAGAGGAAGACGGAUCCUCCAUCUGUAACUCACGAAAGUGCUCCAAGAUGUCGGCGGGAGCAAACCAUUCAUUCACCUGGUUGAACAACCGGUACCAACCGGUAGAGAUCCCAGCAUACGAGUACCUUUCGCUUGUGCAACGGUAUAUCGCCGGGAAGAUCGACGACGGCACCAUCUUCCCGACGGACCCAGCCGGUGUCUCGUAUGCCGACAACCCGUCGUUCUGCGCGCCGGCGCCCGAAUCAGGUCAGGAUUGGCUCGGAAAGCGGAGCGGGUUCCCCCAGAACUUCAUGGAGACUUGCCAGACCAUCUUCCGCCAGAUGUUCCGAGUCUAUGCGCACCUGUACUGGUCGCACUUCGACGACAUGUUCGCCCUCAACCUGGAGAAGUCGAUGAACAGCUGCUUCAGUCACUUCAUCUUGACGGCGACUACGCUGAACUUGCUCAAGAAGUCAGACCUGGAGCCUAUGCAACCGCUGAUUGACCUGUGGGCAGCACUGGGGACAUUCCCUCAAGGGUCGAAAGCGUUUGAGAUUGCCAACCUGCAGGUUGGGCAGCUGCUAGUCCAGAAGGCUGGGGGCCCACCGGCCAACUAA